CGAACUGACGCAGUAGAAGAAGGCGGGUGUCCUCUCCGUUGACAGUCCGCCAUGCUCACCCUGCUGCACCACUGUGGUCGUAACUUACUGACGCUCAGGACCGUUCAGACCGUGAAUAAAAGUUAUUACUCGGCGCAGAUGGGUAAGCGCGUGGCCGUGGUGCUGGCGGGCUGCGGAGUUUACGAUGGCAGUGAGAUCCACGAGGCCUCCGCUGUUUUGGUUCACCUGAGCAGGGGAGGUGCAAGUGUAAACAUGUUUGCCCCCAACGUUGACCAGAUGCACGUGAUUAAUCAUCUGAAAGGCGAACCGGCUCAGGAGAAGAGAAACGUGUUGGUGGAGAGUGCGAGGCUGGCCCGUGGAAACAUCCAGGAUCUGUCUAAACUCAGUGUCAAAGACCAUGACGCUGUUAUAUUUCCAGGUGGUUUCGGGGCCGCGAAGAACCUCUGUACGUGGGCAGUGCAGGGGAAGGACUGCUCUGUCAAUGACGAGGUCAAGGCCGCGCUGCAGGCGUUCCACGGCGAGGGCAAACCCAUCGGCCUCUGCUGCAUCUCACCUGUCCUGGCUGCCAAGGUGUUUCCCGGGUGUGAGGUCACCGUCGGCCUUGAGAAGGACGAUAAGUACCCCGACACGACCGACACGGCGACGGCCAUCAACGCGCUGGGCUGCAAACACGUGAGCAAGGGCGUCGGCGAGAGCCACGUUGACGAGAAGAACAAGCUGGUCACCACCUGCGCCUUCAUGUGCAACGCCCCCAUCCACGAGAUAUUUGACGGAAUCGGGUCGAUGGUGCAGGGCGUGCUGAAACUCGCCUGAUUCGAACCGAGACGCAAAAGGUGACAGUGAAGUAUCACCUUGCUUAGAAGCACUUCCAGAUACUCUUGAAAUAUUCAUGUUUUCUAGUAGUACUGUGCACUGCGUGGUGUAAUUUUUCUGGUGUAUAGAUUAUUUGACAAAAAUCUCUGUUUAACACAAUCUUACCGGAUUAUAUUCUAAUGCAGUUGCUCAGUGUCAUAACAGCAAUCAAUGACAGGUAAUGUAUUGUACAAAAAAAUGCAAUUAAAAUAAAAAAGUUCACUCAUCA